AUGAAGGUACUCACAGCCCUGUUGGAUCCCUUGAUAAGUGUUGGAGCUUCGGUGGGCAUUAUUCGAAUAAUCAGAUGUAACCCGGACGCCGUCGCCGAUUGCGUUCCAGCUGAUUUUGUUGCUAAUGCUUGUAUCGCCAUCGCUUGGAAGACCGCUCGAUACCAUAAAAAGACCUCUGAGAGGAAAUUUGAGAAUCAUUCGGGACCGAAAGAUGAGGAGACAAAAGCUGACCAGAUUCCUCGUGUAUAUAAUUAUGUAUCUGGAGACCAAAAUCCUAUAACAUGGCGUACUUUUAUGAAUUACGCACACAAACACGGGUUUACAAUGGCGCCGAGUAAAGCAAUGUGGUGUUAUAUGUUGUUUCUUAUAAAUAACGCGCUCCUCUUCAAAACUUUGAACAUUCUUCUUCACUGGAUACCGGCUUAUGUGUGCGAUGGAGUAGCAGUUAUGAUUGGGAAAAAACCUAUGCUAAAGAAAGUUUAUUCGAAAAUGGACAAGUGGAAUCAUUUUAAUAAAAUUUUCGGGUCUCAAACCUGGAAGAUGAAAAAUUCUAAUAUUGUAGAACUCUUUAAGGAGCUCAACGAGACGGACCGACAUAUAUUUGACUUUGAUAUAUCUGCUUUGGACUGGAAUUCGUAUAUGUAUAAUUAUAUGAUGGGACUUCGCUUGUUUCUUAUUAAAGAGCCGAAGGAAACAAUUCCUCGAGGAAUAAAAAAACAAUAUUUACUAAUAAUAGCUAAUUAUAUAGUGAUGACGAUUUACGGUAUAGCUUUGUUUUGGUUUGUUAAAUUUUUGGGCGGCGGUGUGUUGAAAUUAAUUCUGCAUCGUAGAGUUAGGUCUAAGUGGCAUGGAAAUCGAUAA